AGAAGAAGAAGACUUCCGCGUUUCUUGUUCAGCACACAGGCGUGGUAAAAAAAUGGCAGAACAAAAUUCAGUGCCGAGUGAUCUUUACAAGCAUGUAUAUUCAUUUCUACUAGAGAACAAGUUUACCAAGGCUGCUCAACACUUCAUCAAACAAGCUAAAGUGCCACCCCAGAAUGAAAAACAAGAUGCCGGUCUGCUUGACAUAUUCAACUUCUGGGUGAAGUCUCCUGAAGCUAAGAAACGGAAGGCGCUGCCCAACGGUCCUGGAACAAGUGACAGGCCGUCUGCUAAGAAGGCAAAGACUGCGGAGAGCUCCAGUGAGGAGUCGAGCAGUGAGGAGGAGGAGGAGGAAGCUGCAGCACCUGCCAAGGCCACACCCACAGCUACAGCGGCCGAGUCCAGCAGCAGCGACGAUUCCAGCGACGAGGAGGCCGCAGCGAAGAAGCCUGCAGCAGCCAAAGCCUCGGUGAAGACUCCUGUCGCUGCAGCAGCCAAAGCCUCGGUGAAGACCCCUGUCGUGGCAGCAGCCAAAGCCUCGGUGAAGACCCCUGUCGUGGCAGCAGCCAAAGCCUCGGUGAAGACCCCUGUCGCGGCAGCAGCCAAAGCCUCGGUGAAGACCCCUGUCGUGGCAGCAGUCAGGAAAAAGGACUCCAGCUCGAGCAGUGAGUCAUCUGAAGAUGAGGCUCCAGCUAAAUCCCCUGUGGCUAGUGAGUACAUCGAACCUAAAGGAAAAGCUGCAGCCGCGACCCCUAAGGCAGCCGCGACCCCUAAGGCAGGGACAACCGCCAAAGCAGUAGCUCAGAAGAAGGCUGAGACCAGCAGCAGUGAGGACAGCUCAAGUGAAGACGAAGCGCCUGCUAAGACCCCUCCAGCUAAGACCCCUGCUAAGGCAGCCGAGUCUAGCAGCGAUGACUCUUCUUCAGAUGAAGAGGAGACUCCUCCCAGCAAGAAGGCUAAACCAGGUGAAUACAGUGCAGUUCCACCCCCUGGAGCUGCCGUAAAGAAGGCCUUGGCUCCUGCGGUGGCCAGAAAGGCCAAAAAGGACCGCUCCUCAGACACCAGGGAGGAGGAAGUGUCAGCAGUCCCUGUGAAGUCUACCCCAGCAAAGACUGUGACCCCUAAACCUGCUGCUGCUGCUAAGGGCGAGUCCAGCUCUGAGAGCUCAGACUCUAGCUCUGAAGAGGAAGAAGCAAAAAAGGCAUCGGCUAAGGCUGCCCCGGCUAAGGCUGCCCCGGCUAAGGCUGCCCCGGCUAAGGCUGCCCCGGCUAAGGCUGCCCCGGCUAAGGCUGCCCCGGCUAAGGCUGCCCCGGCUAAGGCUGCCCGGCUAAGGCUGCCUGCCCCGGCUAAGGCUGCCCCGGCUAAGGCUGCCCCGGCUAAGGCUGCCCCGGCUAAGGCUGCCCCGGCUAAGGCUGCCCCGGCUAAGGCUGCCCCGGCUAAGGCUGCCCCGGCUAAGGCUGCCCCGGCUAAGGCUGCCCCGGCUAAGGCUGCCCCGGCUAAGGCUGCCCCGGCUAAGGCUGCCCCGGCUAAGGCUGCCCCGGCUAAGGCUGCCCCGGCUAAGGCUGCCCCGGCUAAGGCUGCCCCGGCUAAGGCUGCCCCGGCUAAGGCUGCCCCGUCAGAAGAUUCUUCCUCGGACUCGAGCUCAGAGGAUGAAGAAGAGGUGACAGUGAAAGUGGCACCAGCUAAGUCGACUCCUACGGGGACCCCAGGCAAGGCUGCAGAAUCCUCCUCUGACUCAAGCUCGGAAGAUGAGAAAGAAGCUAAGAAGCCUGUUGCCAAGGCAACUCCUGCCAAGGCCACUCCUGCCAAGGCCACUCCCGCCAAGGCCACUCCCGCCAAGGCCACUCCUGCCAAGGCCUCCCCUGCCAAGGCCGCCCCUGCUAAGAAAGCAGACUCGUCAAGCUCAGACUCUGACAGCAGCUCUGAGGACGAGGCCCCAGCCAAACCUGCAGCAGCUACCAAGAAACCUGCAGCAGCUACCAAGAAACCUGCAGCAGCUACCAAGAAACCUGCAGCAGCUACCAAGGUCCCAGCCAAGGCUGCUGCAGAAAGCAGCUCGGACUCCGACUCUUCGUCUGAAGAUGAGGCUCCAGCUAAGAAGGCUACCCCGGCCCCUGUUACUAAACCAGCCUCUAAACCAGCCUCCAAACCAGCCUCCCCAGUUGUUAAACCAGCUGCUGCAGAAAGCAGCUCGGACUCCGACUCUUCUGAAGAUGAGGCUCCAGCUAAGAAGGCUACCCCGGCCCCUGUUACUAAACCAGCCUCUAAACCAGCCUCCAAACCAGGCUCCAAACCAGCCACCCCCGUGGUGAAUAAACUAGCCCCAACCAAGGCCGUAGCCGAGAGCAGCUCCGAUUCUGACAGCUCGGAGGACGAGGUCACUGCAGCCAAAAAGACCACCAAACCUACAGCCGCAGCCAAGACUCCUGCUUCAGCCAAGACUCCUGCUUCAGCCAAAGCUGCAGAGUCCAGCAGCAGUGACGACAGCUCUAGUGAUGAGGAAGAGGCAGCAACAGCCUCGACUAAGGCAGCUACACCUAAAGCCUCCUCCACCCCUGCUGCCAAGGCAACAACACCGGCUAAGGCUGCUGAGUCGUCAUCGUCCCAGGACAGUAGCUCUGAGGAAGAGGAGGCGAAAGCACCGGCAGCAGUCACCACUCCCAUCACUAACGGCAAGCGAAAGAGGGAUGGAGAAGACUCGUCUUCUGAGAGCGAGGAGGAGGAGGAAGUAACGACGCCUAAAAACCAGAAAGUAUUACCAGCACCACAGACUUACCCCAAAGUCUCUAAGAAGAUCAAUGUACCUUUCCGUAGAAUAGUAGAGGAGGAAAUUGAAGUGGACAACCGUCUGGCAGACAACUCCUUCGAUGCCAAGCGCGGGUCGGAUGGAGACUGGGGCCAGAGGGCCAAUGACGUGCUCCGCUUCACCAAGGGGAAGUCCUUCCGUCACGAGAAGACCAAGAAGAAGAGGGGAAGCUACCGCGGAGGAGCCAUCUCCCAGUCCGUCAACUCCAUUAGGUUCGACAGCGACUGAGAACCUAGUCAUCAUCAUCACCCCUCUUCAUCCUGUCGCUUGACCCCCCCUCCAACCUGAUUGAGCCGAAACAUCAACUGAACUACCUACAGCUGUGUUGACAAGACGGUCACAUUGACAACUGGCUACCUAAUGAUUUUAGUUCAUAAGUCUGUGUUAAAUCUUUUUAAAGGCUUUUUUAGAAGAAGACGACACAAGUGGUCCUGAAAUGGCACCUCAUUUGCUUUGUAAUGCUGUUGAUCUAGAGCAGUGCACUACAUAGUAGGUAGUAGUGUGCUAUUUAGGAUGCUGUCUCAUGGGUCAAGGCUGUAGGGGGGAGUGGUCUGUCUCUGUGCUUUAAACGUGGUACAGAUUACUAAAGGGUUAAUGUCCUUAGGCUGCAUUUACAACCUAUAGCCACCGGGUGGCGGUAGUAAGCCACCAAUUCUGUUAAAUAUCCAUUUAAAAGUGCAAACUGUUCUCAAUUUUUUUAUUUUUUUGGCUUUUUCUCUCAGCCAUUAAUCUGUUGCUUGUUGUAAUAUUGUCAGCGCGGUAUCAUCCCCCUUCUGUCCAGUGUCUUUUCAGUAUCAACAUUUUGAAAUGCUCUGUUCUUGUUUUAUCGCGGUUUGGAGGAGGAGGGUUACUUGAUUUUUAAUGCAGACCUGGCCUUUUGAAUGAUGCUGUCCCCUACCAGAUCUCACAACACCUGGAUAAGUAUUCAACCACAGCAUGUGAACGGUCUGAGACGUGUCCGUCCUUUAACAUGCUCUGCAGUCUCACGGAGACCCAUCACGGUUUAGAUAUGAAGGUUUUAUGUACGUGUUUAACUUGUUGUAAGCCGGGGAUCAUCCAACUGUUACGAGCUCUGUAGUGUUGAAGUAACUCCCUCAUGUUCGGUACACAAAACAUUUGGAAACAGGAGAACACGCGCGUUGUACUAGUCCAUGCAGUACCUUUUCCACUCAGUUA